AUGCUAGACGGGGCGCGCGCCUCUUUUUGGGCGCAGCUCAAAGCUGUCAAGCUUCCGUUUGUUUCCAAGAAGCCGCAUUUCAAUUUCAUUUCUGUCCACUAUACGUGGAUUAUUGGUGCAACCUUGAUCGCUUCCAUUGCCAUCUACGCUGCAGGCCGCGGCGCCACCGAAUAUGUCGACGCCCUCAUGUUCGCCAGCGGUGCCAAUACCCAGGCCGGUCUCAAUCCUAUCGAUGUUAACCUCUUGAACACCUUCCAACAGGUGGUCGUCUACGUCUUCACCAUCACAUCCAAUCCGAUCACGCUCCAUACCUCGGUCGUAUUUCUGCGUCUCUAUUGGUUUGAAAAGAGAUUCCAAGGCUGGGUCACGGAUGCCAGGCAACGUCGCACCACCAUCUCCAAAUCAAAGUCUCGCGCGCGUAGCGAGGUCCGUCAGGCCGAGGAGGGAGUCAAUGGCCGGCAUAUCACUGUCGUGCCUCACCAGGGCCGACCACCGCGCAUUACCAAUGACGGAAUCUUACUCGACGGGGACGCGAUGAUCCAGUCCCAGGCUAUUGAGGACGAUGACGACGAUGACCACAUGCCGCCUAAACCACCACCAGCCAGUAGCGACGAGAGCGAUACGGCAACCGUCUCAGCCGGGCGGUCCAAUAGCAUGGAGCUGAGCCCUCUGGAGAAGCCCGAUCAGGCAUUCGAGGAGGACAGGGAUAAACGCAUGGAGGGGCCGGGCCAGCCGCAGAAUGCGCCCACGGGAAUCACAUUCGCUGAGACAGUCAAGAGGAGCGACGGCAUCGACGACGAGCUUACCAAAUUUCCUCGGAGGACCCAUGCCGAGCACAUUGCCAUCCUGGAGCGCCAAAGAAACCAGGACAAUGAAGUUUUGCGAAUUCCCGGUCCGCGUGAGACCGAGAGGGGCAUGGGACCGCGACGACUUGAUGACGGUGAUGCACAAGACGGAGACGACGAUACCAUUGCCAUGACACACACGAGGGACUCACGGCAAGAUCAAGCAACCAUCGACUCGAGGCUCCCGCGCGACCGCAGACCAACCAUUGUCAUUGCUGAGCCUGAACGUCCCAUCAGGGAGGAGUUGGCCGACGAUGCUAAGGCUGUUGGUGGCACUCUUGAUUCUCUCAGGUUCCGCAAGCCUAGGAUUUUCAACCGCGGCCAAAAGCAGGUCCAUGAAGACCAUGAGAGCGGCGGACCUGUGCGCGCUUUUCGGACUCGUACAUUGGAUACCAUCAAGUCAGCCUGGUCCAACGAUCACACCAAGGACAUGCCGUACCUGAGUUAUACGCCGACUAUGGGUCGCAACUCCAACUUUGUGGGUUUAACUCUUGAACAACGAGAGGAAUUGGGUGGAAUUGAGUAUCGGUCUUUGAGGACCCUAGCUCUGAUCUUGCUUUGCUACUUCUGGGGAUUUCAGCUUAUUGCUGUAACCUUUCUGCUCCCCUUUAUUCUUCACAACGACCACUACGGCAAAAUCGUCGAAGACGAUGCCAUCUCAAGGACCUGGUGGGGUAUCUGGACCGCCAACUCGGCCUUCAACGAUCUUGGUCUUACCUUGACCCCAGACAGCAUGAACUCGUUCAACACCUCAGAGUACACCAUGAUGAUUAUGUGGUUCUUCAUCAUCAUUGGCAAUACUGGCUUCCCCGUCAUGCUGCGGUUCAUCAUCUGGGUUCUGGCUCAGAUCGUGCCCAAGGGCACAGGUCUCUGGGAGGAGCUGAGAUUCCUCCUCGAUCACCCUCGCCGAUGCUUUACUCUGCUAUUCCCCUCGAGCGCCAACUGGUGGCUUUUUUGGAUUCUGGUCGCUUUGAACGCCAUCGACCUGUUGUUCUUUGUCAUCUUGGAUCUCAAUUCUGGCCCCGUCGCCCAAUUACCAGUACAUACACGCAUCGCCGACGGUCUCUUCCAAGCCGCAGCUACUCGAACUGCUGGCUUCUCUUGCUUCAGCAUGUCGGACCUUCACCCAGCAAUGCCAGUCUUGUACAUGAUCAUGAUGUACAUUUCUAUUUUCCCGAUUGCUAUAUCUAUCCGCCGAACCAACGUGUAUGAGGAAAAGUCACUGGGCGUUUACGGCAACAAGCGGGACGAAGACGAGGAGACAGACUCGCCCAGUGCGCUCAACUAUGUCGGUACUCACUUGCGACGUCAACUGUCAUUCGAUUUGUGGUAUGUCUUUGUGGGCUUCUUCCUUCUCGCCAUCACGGAGGGUACCAGCCUCAAGGAAAAGAAGUUCAACUCGUUUGAUAUCCUCUUUGAGGUGGUCAGCGCUUACGGCACCGUCGGCCUGAGCAUUGGCGUACCCAACGUGAACGCUUCACUUUGUUCCCAGUUCACCGUUGUUGGAAAGCUUAUCAUCAUCGCCAUGCAAAUCCGUGGUCGUCACCGUGGGUUGCCAUACGGUCUGGACCGUGCGGUACUGCUCCCUAGCGAAUCUCGUUUCCAGAAGGAAGCCGAAGAAAACCAGCCGAUUCUGAUCCGGACCCGGACGAACGCCUCGAUUGGAACUGCUUCCGGAGUCGAGCCCCAGGCCGGCCUUGCUGCGUCUGGCCGACGAGGCAGUUUCGGCCGCAUCAAGGAGCGAGCAAAUAGCCGCAUCAUCUCGCAGUUCCUAUUCCCAGGACCUGUCAUCAGCAGUGACGAGAUCCAUGGGCAUAGACGCACUACGUCCAAUACAUCUCAAAACGCGGCACGAGUCUUCCCUCGAGCCAACACUGAGCCGGUUUACGACGAGGAAAAGGACCAGGUCCCUCCCUUGCGGACCAUCGAGUCCCAUCACCACCACCAUCCACAGCCUCGUCGGGCAGACACGACCCCAAUGCUCUAA